UUCCAGUACCACUGGCGCAGGUCGAAGCUCACUCCCUAUUGAACCGCUGUGUCAUCCGGUGCGAUCAAGUGUUUUAGGCCGCUUCCCUUCUGCAGGACUUCUUUCCUUCUGUGCCAGUUAACGCAUCGUAUAAGCAUGUCGCAAUUACCAGUUUUUAAUCCGCCGACGCCCUUCCUGGCUCAUCUACCGGCGGGAUUGGGUAUCUACCGCAAGGUGACCAUUCGAGGCAAAAUGAAAGAUGACCAAUUCAACAUUAACCUACAGACGGGACCGAACACGAACCCGCGGGACGAUACGGCGCUACACAUCAGCAUCCGACCAAGGGACGGUGUGAUCAUCCGCAACUCGAUACAGUUCCGUAACUGGGGAAUUGAGGAAAGAUUCGGGGGCUGCCCAGUGCAAAAGAAGCAAUACUUCGACGUGACGAUUACGGUCAAACCGGAUAGCUUUGGGAUCGCUGUGAACGGAGCGCACUAUUGCGAUUUCAACCACCGGAUGCCAUACGCCUCCAUACGGUUCGUCCAUAUUGGCGAAGGUGCCAAGGUGGACGCCAUAUUGACAGAAUGAGCAUGAUUCGUGAGCGUUGUGCGGCUAUUAAACCAAUAAACCAAUGUCACCCAGUCAAAACCAAAA